CGCGUGGGGCUCACUGCGCAGGCGCGGCGGUCGGCGUGGUCCCCAUGGAGCCGCAGUAGCGGGGCUGGCGCCGCCGCGAGCGAAGGACAUGAGCGCGGCGGAGGCCGACCGCUGGGCGUGGCUGCUGGUGCUCAGCUUCGUGUUUGGGUGCAAUGUACUCAGGAUCCUCCUCCCGUCCUUCUCCUCCUUCGUAAGUGGCCUGGCCCUCCAGGGGCCGGUGGGGUCGCCGCCCAAGCCCUCGGCGAGCCCGGUGUAGACACAGGGGUCUCGAGCUGGCCGCCGGAGGGCUGGUUUCGGCCUGCAGAGGCUUCUUGGGCGGGCGGUUCUGUUUUGAGAUAUUUUCGAGUUGGCUGCUCUCCUCUGAAAGCUGUAAAGCUUUCCCCCCAGAUCCGGAUUUCUGGAUUCUUGGGGCGGAAAAGAAGACACACCUGGCAGAUCUUGAUGUCCCGGGUGCUGCAGAAGGAUGCAGAGCAGGAGUCCCAGAUGCGCGCAGAGAUCCAGGAUAUGAAGCAGGAGCUCUCCACCGUCAACAUGAUGGACGAGUUCGCCAGAUACGCCAGGCUGGAGCGCAAGAUCAACAAGAUGACGGAUAAGCUCAAAACUCACGUGAAAGCACGGACAGCGCAGCUGGCCAAGAUAAAGUGGGUGAUAAGUGUGGCUUUCUACAUUUUGCAAGCGGCGCUGAUGGUCUCGCUCAUCUGGAAGUAUUACUCUGUGCCGGUGGCGGUGGUGCCCAGGAAGUGGAUAACGCCGCUCGACCGCCUGGUGGCAUUUCCGACUAGAGUAGCAGGUGGUGUUGGAAUUACCUGUUGGAUUUUAGUCUGUAACAAAGUUGUGGCCAUUGUGCUUCACCCUUUCAGCUGAAGGAAGAUGAAUGCAGCUACAGCACUUUAAAAAAGGAAUUGUCACGUAGGAGGUUGAAAAUGUGAUUUAUGCUGUUUUAUGGUGUAUUGUGUGUGUUUUUUUUUUAAAGAAACACAGGAAACAGGUUAGUUUUUAUUGUUGAAUGUGUUUAUUUUUGGACUUUAUGUGGAGAUUCUUACAAGAGGCACAAUUUUAUACAAUUUGUCAUGAGCCAUAAAGGUCAGUCUCACACCUACGUCCCGGCCAGCAUGGCACCAGAUUCGUAAUAAGAACUGUGUGAUGUUAUGUGGUGUCCACGUGUUGUUACUUGUGAUUUGUAUUCUUGUCGUAUUUUAAAGGUCGCGUUGCCAAGGGGAAAGUCGAGAUUUUCUUUUUUCUUUUUCUGGCCUUGUCCACUGGAUGCUUAAGCUGCUGAGCUACCAGGAAACUCCCCUCACAAUUUGCUAAUGAUUUAAGGACUUUAAAGACUUUAUGCUAUUUUUAACCCAGACUAGAAGGUAACUUGAUGUUAAGACCACUACUAGAAUUGGAAAAUUUGCUUUGUAAUCUCAUGCAGUACUCUUGAGAGGUAACACUAAUUGACGUGCUGAUGCUUUUUUCUUCCUCUGUUUAAAGUGUCAUUUGUUGGGUUAAGACUCUGGGUGUAUUAUCUACUUAUUUGAAGCUGGUAAUUUUUCAUCACUGUGUUUUAUAAAUGUAUUCAUGAGCCCACAAUGCAUUGUUUUGUGUUUGAGCUGUGUGUUUUAUAUUUAAAGUAUUUCAAAUGAAGGACAUUUUUAAAGCCUUUAAUAUUUGUGUUCUGUAGAAUGGAACAAAGUUAAAAAAACAAAGGAAACCUUAUUAAAUUAAUUGGAGCAGAUACA